CCAUCUAUGUUCUUAAAGGCCCAUUUCCAGUUGGCAAGAAGUGAAAGUAAAUGGGAAUUUAUUACAACCAAAACACUCCGAAAGUGGUUGAUUGAACAGUAAUUAAGUUGUUUCAUUCUCAAAACACAUGAUGUUUGUCGCGGCAGAAUGCACCCCAACGUCUUUUAAAGACUUUACCCUGAUUAUGCCAGCAAUCUCUGUUGGAAAUGUGGGGCAGCUGGCAGUGGACCUGAUUGUUUCUACGCUCAACAUGUGUCGAGUCGGAUACAUCCACACUGACUGUCUCAUCCCUAUGGCAGGGAACAACCCUUAUGCUACAUUCGCUGAGAACGCCAACGACCUCAGUACCAAUGCAGAAGUGUACUCUUCUCCAGAGUUGAGGUUGGCAGUUCUUCAGAUCAGAACCCCAAUUAUCCAGACAAAGUCCAAGAAGUUCUGUAAGCUGAUGGUGUCUUGGAUCAAAGCCAGUGGUUUCUCCAGGACUGUCGUGCUGUCCAGCAGUCAUGCUUACCAGAGGGAUGACCAACAGCUACUGGGGUACAUAACUGCUAUCUACCAGAAUUACUAUGUUCAACUAAACUUUUUUUCCAUUCCAUUUCUGCAGGACAUUCCUCUCCAUGCAGUGGUGUCUCUGUGUUCCAGAUGGAGUGGAAGGAGAUGGGACAUUACCUUCCUGGGCUGUGCUGAGGACAUUCCUCUCCAUGCUGUGCGGAGGACAUUCCUCUCCAUGGUGUUGUCUCUGUGUUCCAGCUGUGCUGAGGACAUUCCUCUCCAUGCUGUGCUGAGGACAUUCUUCUCCAUGGUGUUGUCUCUGUGUUCCAGCUGUGCUGAGGACAUUCUUCUCCAUGCUGUGCUGAGGACAUUCUUCUCCAUGGUGUUGUCUCUGUGUUCCAGCUGUGCUGAGGACAUUCCUCUCCAUGCUGUGCUGAGGACAUUCUUCUCCAUGGUGUUGUCUCUGUGUUCCAGCUGUGCUGAGGACAUUCUUCUCCAUGGACAUUCUUCUCCAUGGUUUUGUCUCUGUGUUCCAGCUGUGCUGAGGACAUUCUUCUCCAUGGUUUUGUCUCUGUGUUCCAGCUGUGCUGAGGACAUUCCUCUGGUGGUGGUGCUGAUCUUCUGCUCUGAAGGAGACAACAUCCCAGACGCCUUCACUCUCCUCAACCACCUCAACACCUGGCUCCACCUAGUGGACGCACCUGCCCAGACGCAGCCUAAGUGGAGGAUACCAGCAUCAUGGAGGCUUCUCUUUGGCAGUGGCAUCCCCCCUGCACUCUUCUAAAUCACCCAGUGGAAUCUCCCCUGCCCCAACUCUCCUAAAUCACCCAGUGGAAUCUCCCCUGCCCCAACUCUUCUAAAUCACCCCCUGCCCCAACUCUCCUAAAUCACCCAGUGGAAUCUCCCCUGCCCCAACUCUUCUAAAUCACCCCCUGCCCCAACUCUCCUAAAUCACCCAGUGGAAUCUCCCCUGCCCCAAUUCUCCUCCACCCUCUCCGGAAAUUGGUGACUCGACCCAGAUUAUAGGUUGGUCUGAAUGUUUAGAAAAUGGGUGACAGCAUCUUUGGUGUUAUGAGUCCAGGUUUAUAGUCCUGAAGUGUGCCAAGUGGUUAUCAUUACCUACCCUGGUGAUGAGAAUCAAUAUUUACUCUACGGUUAUUAAAAGUAUUAAAUCAUC